AUGGAAAAUAUAAAUAAUAGAAAUUUCGGGCAUCCAAUUAGUCUGAAAUACAGAUAGAAUUCCACUUUUAAAACAACUUUUGGGGGAUUCGUUACUAUUGCUUUUAAAAUUGGCAUUUUAAUCUAUCUCGUAUUUGAACUAAUCAAGGUUGUAGAUAAGACAUAUACAGUUACAAAUUCAAUGAUAAAAAGAAAUUUAUUUGUUGACAACGGAGUAUACACAAUUAAUGAAGAGAAUUUUGAUAUAGGAUUUAGUAUGUAUGGUUUAUCUGAAGAAUAGCAAGCUAAUUUAGAUAAUUACGUCAAUAUAACCUUUUAAUAAGGCUAAUUCGAGUGGAGCGCUGAUGGCAAAUCUUAUACUUUUGAAGGAAAGUAACUUUAACUGGGUAUUGCAUUAAAUUUAUUGAUUUUCAAUUAAUUAGGUAAAUGUGGAAGACAUAGAUUCAAAGGUGAAGUGUUUUAAGCUGAGAGUAUUGGAAUUCCGUAUGCCUACAAGUGCCCAGUCAAUUUUUCUGCUUCAUUGUAAGGGAGUUUUACCACUCAAAAAAUGCAAUCAGCAAGGCUUCUGAUAUCAAAAUGCAACUAAACAAAUCUUAGCUUGAAAAAUUAAUCAGCAAAAUGUAUGAAUGAUAGUAUGAUGAAAAAUUUCUUCGAUUCGUUUUAGGUUAAUGUGGUAGCAACCAAUUAAUUCAUAGACGUCAAUGAGAAAUAAAUAAGUCCGAUCAAAACAGUACUUAAAAAUUUCUAUGCAACUGGAUACCAUAAUAUGAGUCUCUCUUAUCAGUUGAAAAUAGGACAAAAUUUUUUAAUUUCUUCAACUUCAUCAUUAUCAAAUUAAUUGGGUUAACUGAACUAAACUUACUACACUGUUAGGGAUGAUGUUCUUUAAGUUGCAGCUUAGACAUUAAGCACAGAUUUGGUUUUUAUAAAUUUCAACAUGAUGCUAGACGAUAAUGUAAUGACAACUAAUCUUGAACUAUACACAAUUUCAGAUGCUCUCUCAAAUACUGGAGGAAUUAUAGGAAUUGUUAUGAUCAUUAUUCAAUUUCUUGUUUCAUAAACUCAAGAAAAUCUAUACUAUCAAUAACUAGUUUAAGAUAUUUUCCAAAUAAAUAAGGAGGAUUCUAUCUCUUAAAAUGGAAGUCCAAGCAAAUCACGUAUAAUUCCGUCUGAAUAAACUUUAAAAGACAAGAUAAUUUAAGAUGGAUAUUAAGGAAGUUAUUAAAAAAUUUUGACAUUUAUUAAAAAUUGA